AUGGCUUCACCGCUCGUCAAUCUCCCCCUGGAGAUCCGCGAUCUUGUCACCGCGAACAUCAUCUCCCAAAACCAACCACUCCUACACAACACCAGCUGCAGAAGACCUUCAAUCCCAUACAACCGAACGACCUCCACCUCCAGCACUCCAUCGACACAGCAACCCACCCUCCACUCCGAAUAUGCCCGCCUCAUGCGCAGAGCAGCCUUCACACCCAACACCAAGACCAAAGCGCUCAUCUACAACUGCGACUUCCGCGAGAUGAUCUCCUUUGUCAAAUCCCUGAGAUCGAGCGAGAUUGCCGCCGCGAAUCGCUGUCAGAGUCUGAUGUUGAACGUGAUGGUUUUUGGGCUCAGGGGCCAGAGUGGGCAGAGACUUUUGGAGUGGGUGAAGCUUUGUGAGGAAAUGGGAUUGGGGCUCGAGUAUAUGGUUCAAUGGAUGCAGUGUGAUGCGGUGCAGUUGGAGAGUCUGGAGGGGGUGCUUGGGAGGUAUCAGGAGGGGAGGAAGAUAUUGGCGGGGUUGAAGGCUGCUGUGAAGACGAGGAGGUGA